AUGUCGCCAGAGAGAAGCAAUUGGGGCAUCUUACAGGUUCCUUCUCCACACGAAACCUGGUUGUAGGAAUGUGUUAUUCGUGGGGUUCCAUCGACAACUGACUAGUGAUGCUAGGUUUUCCGCCACUCGCGUAGCAUGUCCAAUUAUACCAAGACAAUAACGGCUUAUUAUCCGUGGAAACCCCCUCUCUUCCAAUCUGACCGACCAGAGCUCCAGGCAACUGCUUUGAAUAUGCAGUGAAGGCAGUCCUUGGCAACGGGUCGCAUCUGAGGUGGGUUCUCUCGAGGCUCGCUUGCUUAGUCUUGGCGCUAAUACCAUCCAGCCGGCGAAGGAGUUCAUUGCGGAAGUUCCUCCCCACCGGAGCAGUCCUUUGCCUGGUAAGGUCCAGCAGCCGGGGCCCAUGGCCAGAUCUAUCCAUUCCUUGUCUUUUUCGUAUGGCAAAGUAAAAAAAUGGUUAGCGUCUCGGACUGACCCGUUGAGGAUUGGUAUGCGGGGAGUGGUACGGGCCGCGUAUACCGGUUAUGAUGCCGUGCAUCCACAGAGCCACAGUUGAGUCUACCAGACUACCUCACUCGUGCAUCAUAGAUUUGUAGUAAGCCCUCAGCCCCAAAAGGUAACCCAUUCGAUGCAGUCAGCAAAACCCCGGACACAGUCAGCGAAGUCUUGACCUGAAACGGACAUACGGAUAAGCACUCGUUCGGCCACUUUACAAAAAGGCACCGAGAGGGCGUGUUUGAAUCAGACGAUGUCCCACCCGUGGAGGAUUCUGAACCCCGGAUGAACGUGGGGCUUGGCAUCCUUCGAUCCACACUUGGAAUACGACUCGUUCUUCAAUUCAAUCUGGAAUCCAAGGAAUCUUCAAAAUGCUACGUAUGCAUCCACAUAUCCAUGCACGCGUCACGGUUAGAUCCGACUACUGUCGGGCCUAAAGACUCUCCAGCGGCACAAAGCCACGAGCCUCCUAUCCUAGGGAAGAGUCGUCGCGCUUGAUACUAGCAAAAUGCUUCGCGAAAUCCUGUACGCCUUCACUGGCUUAGCCCUGUUGGCUUACGCCGCAGAUAUCUUUUACAACGCUGGAGAUGAUCCAAAUGAGCCGGUCCGGAUACGUUCGAGAUUUCCCCUUAUCGGACAUGUCUUGGGACUGAUGAGUCAAGGGCCAACCUACUACAGAAAGACAAGUAAUUCAACCGAAGCCGAGAUUUAUACCCUGGGAUGUUUCAACUUCAAGGUAUACAUCAGUGCUUCCAGCCGGCUUCUACCAUUCAUCCAGAAGCAAUCAAGAGCUCUGUCUUUCCGACCUUUCCUCCAGCUCGUUGCGCGAAAGUAUGGCGAUGCUUCUCCUGCGACUUACGAGAUUUUUGGGGGCAGUCUGCCCGAUGACUUAAGCCAGUCGGUGAAGAUGAGCUUGGCUCCAGGCCGCCAUCUUGAUGAACUGAGCCUUCGGAUGGGCAAGAGGGUCUUAAUAGACAUUGAUGAGUUGCUUUCAGCUAAGGCAGCAGUACCGUUGUUGUCUUGGGCUAGACAUGCUGUUGUGCAAGCAACAAGUUGUGCCGUCUAUGGAGAGAAGCACCCUUUUCUCGACCAGGAAAUCGAGAACUCUUACUGGAAAUGGAUGACAUAUCUCACUGCCCACCUGGUUGGCUGGCUCGAUGUAACGAAGAAGGGUUACGCGGCAAGAGAAAAGGUGUUUCAGUCAUACAUCAGGUACUGCAAAAAGCUCCCCCAGGAGAGCUCUCAUCUUAUGAAAGAGCAUCAACGUGUUCUGGGAGAGGCUGGGGUAUCGAGUACGGACAAGGCUAAGCAAGCUGCGAUCUUCACAAUUGCCUCCUUCAGUAACUCAGCGCCGACUCUGUAUUGGACCUUGUGGGAACUCUUCUCACGACAAGAAAUCCUCGACGAGGUCAGAGAAGAGCUCACAAAACACGCAGUUAUCAAGUCAGAAGACGGAGGAUUCGUGCUUGACGUCGCUGCACUCAAGUCUCAGUGUCCCCUCCUCCUCUCGGUGUUCCAAGAAACUCAGAGAACUCGCCACGUCAAUCCCAGCUUCCGCAAAGUCUUGACAGACACGCUUUUGGACGAUAAGUACCUUUUGAAAGAGGGUAAUUACCUCCAAGUACCCGGAAAUGUCAUUCACAACGAAACUGGCAUUUGGGGCCCGACAGCUUUGCAAUUCGAUCCAUAUCGCUUCAUGCCCAAGAAGGGAGGCGAGCGAGAUGUUUCGACUGCCAGCGGCUUUGUCCCGUGGGGUGCUGCGCCAUAUCUAUGCCCGGCGAGACAAUUUGCCGCAACCGAGAUUCUCAUUAUAGCUGCGCUGCUUGCCACGAGGGCCGAUAUAUCACCUAUGAAUGGACCUUGGGACGAGAGUCCAGCUGUAAAUCAUGCGGAUCUUGCUACCCUUUCGCCACCUACAAAGGAUGUCGGCAUGCGUGUAAGAGUUCGAGAAGAGUGGGCUGGCGAGUGGACAGUGCAGAUGGGCGAGAGUCGAAGCCGCGUGCCUCUCGCCUCCGGAUAGUCGUAAUACUCCUUUCGACGGCUUAGAUAGUUUUCAGGAUCAAUACAAAAUGUACUAUGACCCUGUUGCCCAACAUAGGUUGAAGUUUUCGAGUACCUGAAACUCAAAACUACAAAGGAGUUCUUCCCUUAGCC